GUGAGUUACAUUUCGGCAGGCCGUUUUUCCGGCAACCCGAUAAAGUAUUCAGUCCAAAGUAAAGAAUGUUAGUUAUCGCCAUAGAACUGUGAACCUUAGAUGCUGCUCAAUCUAUUGAAUUUGGAUUGAAGCUACACAAAAAUGCAUCCUUGUUAUAAUUCCUCGUCUAUGUUAUCUCCACCUACUGUCACUACUUUUCAUUCAUCACAGUCAUUAAGUUCAUCAUCCCAAUCAGCAUAUCAUCAGCCUACAACACAUGAUGUGUCCAAACCAAAUUCAAAUGAGCAGUAUAACUUGGCUCAUAGUCGACAUCAUCUUUAUCAAAAUGUGAUUCUUCCUAGCCCAUCUAUACAACGUUUUCCUAAUUCAUCAAGCAAUCACUUUGCCCAUUAUUCGCAAUCCCCUAUCCGAACAACUACUUCAUAUCCAUCUUAUGACUGUUAUCGGAACAAUUCUACACAUUCUCAACCGAAUAUUAGUAGUGGUUUGCCUAUUACGGGCUAUCCAAUUGCACCCAAUUCUACAAAAAAUUACGUUGUAUAUGAGACCAAAAAUCGUCCAACUCAGUCAAUAAUGAAUAAUACUGAUGAAACAUUACAAUAUACUAAUCCUUCUGUAAUAAUGAAUAUUCAGUCACAAAUUCCACAUUCCCAAUAUCGUGAAGUCAGUCAUCAACCUUCUAGGCGUCCUCGGCCACCGCCACCACCUCCACCGCCUCGUAGUGGCAGUUGGAUCGGUAAAAUAUCAGUUUCAGCACCUACAAUAAACGAUAAUACAACGAGUCGACCAUGUGUUCAGUAUGAUCACGAACCACCAUCUUCAUGUACUCAAAUCAAAGUGAACACAUUCUCUGAUAACCCCACUACUACUCAGUAUGCGAACCAACAAUCAUGUAUUAAUCAAACGUUCCAUACUAGUCCUUAUAGCAAUACACAUUCAUCACUUCCAAAUGGUUCCCUUGAAUUAAAUUCACACUCGAACUUUAAUAGAAAAAGUCAGUUGCAUCAAUCAUCUACUGAUAUCAACUAUUCAGUUGAUAAUUCUCACAUUGAUAUAUCAAUCCCAAAACGUUCUAUACAACAAGAGCAUCAACAUAGAAGACAACAACAAUCAAAUCAACAAUAUCAAAAUCAAUCUAUCAGAAUAUCAUCAUCAUCAUCAUCCAAUGGUGAUAGUUAUCAACCAUUGACAUCGACGAUCAAUUCUUUGAUGACCAAUACAAAUAAUAAUUCCAAUGAACAACGACAACAGCAAAAUUGUCAAUAUUCAUCGAAACAAUCAUUUAUAAAUAAUAACAAUAAUAAUAAUAAUAGUCGUAAAGAAGUAAUUAAAGCAUUACUUAACUUAUUAAUAUGGCAUCAUCCAGAAACUAAUUUUACCGAAAAUAUGAAUCCAUCAGAAAUUCAUACAUUUCAUAUAUUUUUAUUGAAUUGGUUAACUAAAACAGAUUGUUUACAAACUAUUCCAAUGAAUAUAAAUACAAAUAUGUAUGUGGCACAAUUUUCCCGUCGAAUAUUAACACAUUUAAUAAGAAUAUUAUAUAGUGAUACAGUUUAUGAAGAAGAAACUACAAUAGAUGAUGGUCAAACAAUGAAAGAUACUGAAGAUGAAGAAUAUACGAUGAAUGUAUUGACUAAUGAAAAAGAAGAUGAUGGUAUUAAUAAUAAUGAAGAUAAUAACAAUAAUUACAUGGAAUUUCCUUCAUCAUUUAAUUCUAAUCUUAAUGAAUUCAAUCAGUCUUUGGGUUAUUCAUAUGGAAAGAACAACUGGACAAAAAUCGAUGAUAACACAUCAGAGAAAACUUCCUGUUUAACAAACUAUACAAAUACGUCGAUUAACAAUGCUGACAAUAGUAGUCUUAUUAGUAAUAGCAAUAAUUUCAGUAAAAUUAAUUUAACUGAUUCCAAGAUUCUACCACCGAACACAUCUUUGAUGGAGUUGAAAGCUGCUGCUAUGGAGGCAAUUCAAAAACUUGCUCCAUUAUGUCAACCAGAUUCAAAAUUAUAUGGAAGAGAUAUGGGAAUUAUUCAGUUGUUAACUUCCAUUCAUAGUUACAGUUUAAAUUUAAGCGAACGUAUUGCACAGACGAAUAAUAAUAAUAAUAUCAAUACUGGUGAUAACGUUACUAAUAAUAAUGAAACCAUAAGGAAUACAAUGAUCAAUAUAAAAUGUAAUAAUAAUAAUACAAUGUUGAAUAUAGAGUCAUGUACUGUUUGUCCAGUUGCUGAAGUUGCUGCCUUAGUUCGUUUAUCAUUUGAUUCAAUGCAUCGAAAUGCUAUUUGUGAAUUAGGUGGAGUUCAUGCUUUAAUUUCUUUAUUACGUAUAGAACAAAUGAUGUGGUCAGAGUAUAUGAAUUCAUAUAAUAAUAAUAAUAAUAAAACAGUAUUACUAUUAUCAUCAACAUCAUCAUCAUUUAUACAUAAUCAAAACUUUGUCACAUUACUAGAGAAUAGUUUAGCAUUGAGACGAUAUAUAUGCAUGGCUUUAACAAAUUUAACUUAUGCAGCACCAGAGAAUAAAGCAUUUAUUUGUAGACGUUUAGCUAAUUUGGAAGCAUUAUUAGCUCAAUUAGAAACAGGAAAUGAAGAAUUGAAACAGGUAUCAGCCAGUGUAUUACGCAAUCUCAGUUGGCGUACUGAUAGUAGAAGUAAAGCUGCACUUCGUCGUGUCUGCGCUGCUAAACGUUUAACUAUAGCUGCUAUGAGUGCACAGCGAGAAAGCACUUUACGAACUACACUUAGUGCACUAUGGAAUCUUAGCGCUCAUUGUUCUCAGAACAAGCGAGCUGUAUGCAGUGUGGAUGGUGUAUUUGCAUUUCUUCUAAGAAUGUUACGUCUUCAAAACCCUUUGCAAAAUCUGGUAAUUAUUGAAAAUAGUGGUGGUAUUUUACGUAAUAUAUCCACAAUUAUCGCUUCUCAUGAUGAUUAUCGGUCUAUACUUCAUCAAAAUAAUGGUUAUCCAAUCCUAUUGGAACUAUUGCGUAAUCCACCAAGUUUAACAGUUGUAGUAAAUGUAUGCGGAACAUUAUGGAAUUUAACAUGUUCUUCCAUCAAUAAUGUAAACACCAUUCCAACUAGUAAUGCCAACAACAGUAACACUACUACUAAUAAUAGUAUCACCAAUAGUUAUAAUGAUCGUUUGCUUCUUUUACACUUAGGUGCAUUAGAUUUAAUACAACAGCUAACUCAGUCCAAACAUGAUUUAAUACGUACUAGUUCACUGGCUGUCUAUCGUAAUCUAAUACAGACAGAUAAACCUGCUAAUCAGAAUCAUUUGAUUCCACCAAUAUGUAAUUCAGAUCAAGUUAAUUCACAAGAAAAUCAACUCAUUGAGUCAUCAUCGCCGGUAACAACUAGUAUGACCAUAAAUUCUCAUGAUCGUUUGGCAAGUAAUGAAAUAAAUGCAUGCAGUACUACUGAUGGUCGUGGUAGCGGUGGUGAUACAUCCUAUAAUGUCAAUAAUUCAGCACAAACAAAUGGAGAACAACAACAACCAACAUGCAAACGUCGUGUAUCAUCAAGAACAUCUAGACUUCGUUUUGGUCUAUUAUCUGUAGUAUUUGAAGCAGAAAGUGACGAUGAACUAGACGAUAAUGUUGAUGAUGAUGUGGAUGAAACGGAAGAUGAUGAAGUAGAGGUGGAAAAUGAAGUUGAAGGUCAGACUACUGAACAAAAUCACUGUAUUAAUGAAUACAAUGAACAAGUUGAAUAUGAGCCAAAUAGCAACCUAUGCUUAUAUUAUCGAGGUGGAAUACCUAUCAGUGACCAUUCUAACUAUCGAGAUAUCACUGUGAAAACAUCAAGUAAUCGAAAUUCAGAAAGCUUAUGUGAUUCUCAGCUUAUGUUGCCUGAAUCGACCAAUCAUCAACAUUUAUCAAAUUGGUACGAUGAAAUAAAUUGUCGUGGACAUCAUCAAGAUAAUCGUAGCGGUAAUACGGUCGUUGAUGCAGGAGCAGAUGAUGAACAAACAUGUGUUUAUGCUGAAGAAGGUACACCUUUUCCAUCGAAUUCAGCAACUGCAUCAUCUUUGGAGUUGAAUAGAUCUGAUGAACAGUUUUUAAUGAAUAAAGCAAAUACUAAUUUCAAUACUGUUAAUGAUGUACAUAUAAAUCAUAAUAAUAGUAACGAUAACGAUACAAUACAUAGUAAUGUCCCAAUAUUGAUCUAUCGAAAUGACCCAAUUCCUCAUGUUUAUGCUAUUGAGGGUACACCAUCGAACUGUGAUAGUAACUUAAGUCAUGAGGACAGUAUAAAUGGUAGUGAAGUUCAAUUGAAUACAAUUGGAUUCAAUCGCCCCCAAAAAAUGAAUUUUCUAUCUCAUUCCGAUAUUGUGAAUGAACAGGAGGAUAAUGCCUACCUGCCCUCACCACCAGAAGAUAUCUCGAAUCUUGUCUCUCCAUUAACAUCAAUGAAUUUAGAAGUAGAAAGUGAUCAAUGUGUAACUUGUCAUUUCCCUAUGCCACCUCCACCAGCAUCUUUUCCAAUAGUUCGUAAAGAAUCUGAACUGAUUGAUAGACAAAGUGAAUUAUUCUCUUCUAAACAAACACCAUUGGUAUUCUCACGUGGUACAUCAUCAUGUAUAUCUUCGUUAGACUUAGAAGUUCCAUUUAACGGAUAUCAAUCAUCACCGGAAAGUGAAUAUUCCAGUCAACAAAAAAGUAGUAAUAGCAGAGAGAGAAUAAGUAGUGAAUUAAUGUCAAUUAAUCGUAAUGAUGAAGAUAACGGUAGUAAUAGUAGUAGUAGUAAAAGAGAUAGUCAUUUCAGAAAUAUAAAUCACAGUCAAAAUUGUGAUGGUGAAUUAUAUGAGACAGAUAGUUGUCCUGAUGAAGAAGAUGUUCGAUUGCCUUUCGCUGAAGAAGGUACACCCCCACCUCCAAAAGAUGAUACAGAAAAUUUGAAUACUUUGUAUUUUCCUCAUUCACAUUCUUACAACCAAUCUGAUAUGAACAGUAAUUUGAACAAUGAUUGUGAAGUGAAUGAUGUUGUUGAUGAUGAUGAUGAUGAUGAAGACGAUGACAAUAAUGACAAUAAUAAUCAUUCACAAAUACUACAACAAUGUAUAGCAUCUGCAAUGCCAUCAAAUAUUCCUUUUAAUGUAUUAACAGGUCACAAAUCAUCGAAUAUAAAUUUUACUAACUCACCAUCAACAAGUAUUCUUUACAAUGAACCAGAGGAUUCUUUAAAAACAUUUGCUGUAGAAGAUACACCAUUUGGGACUUCAACGAAAACUAGUUCAUUAAAUGAUUUAAUCAUAACAGAAUAUAAACCAUUAGAAGUCGAAGAAGAAGAAGAAUGUGAGGAAGGCAACGAACUAAUGGUUGAUAGUGAAUUAAAUUCCAAUUCAGCAUCAUCAUUCAAUAUACAAAUAUCUAAUCAUCAUACAAUAAAGCAUGCUUCCAAUAAUUUAAUCAAACAAUGUCAUACAGAAAAUGUUGCUGUCAGUCAUGGUGAUGGUAGUUCAUCAACAUCAAGCUCUUUGAAUUGUGAUAAUUCAUCAGAUUUAUUAUCUGAAGUAAUACAAUCCGCUAUGCCGAAAUCUGGUCAAAUUAGAUUAUCUAAUUUUUGUUCAGUAAUUGAUCAAUCAUCUUCAAAUGAUGAUGAUUGUUUGCAAAUGUAUGCCGUUGAAGGUACUCCAUGUGUUGUUGUUAAUGAGAACUUAUUGUCAAGUUCAUCUUCUCUUCGUCCUGACGAAAUAGGUAUUCAUUCAGCAUUAUUACCAACAACAACAACGGAUGCAAUAUUAAUGACUUCUAAUAUGUCUUUAACUCUUGCAUCACCAUCAUCAUUAUCAACUGUUCCAUGUCAACAAUCGAAUACAAAUCCUCCGAUUCCACCACUUCGUACAACAUCUGCAUUAACUAGUAUUGCAGAUCCAUUUACUCAAGUUUCUGGUUUAACAAGACCACGUGCAACAGUUGCACCAAUGUUACAAAGUAAAUGUCAUUCAUUAAAUUCACCUAUUGUCUCUCGUUCUCAAAAUAUAUCAGAACAAUCGUCCAAAUCAUGUUUAAAUCAGAAUGAAAGUGGACAACAGAAUAAUGAUAGUAUACUUUUACCGAAUUCAUCAAUACCAUCUUCAUCAUCAUCUCCGUUUCAGUAUACUGUUGGUGACAAAGACGACGUUAGUUCUUUUUCUUCAUUACUCAGUAUUGAAUCAGUUGGUAUGGAACAUUCGUUAUUACAAGAAUGUAUAUCAUCAGCGAUGCCACGUCCAAAAUCAAUAUCAAUGCUUCGUAAACAGCAACAUUUUCAACAGAAAAAACAAACCUGUCAACAGUCAACAUCUUCAAUAUCGUCAUCAUCAUUGUCGUCGUCGUCUUCAUCGUCAUCGUCAUCAUCACAGCAGCAACAACCAUCAGUAUCACCGGCAUUAAAGUUGGACUCGACGGUGCAUGAAUCUACAAUUCCUUUUGAAAACAAUAAUAUUCAUAAUAAUAAUAAUAGUAAUAAUAAUAAUAAUGUGGAUUGUUGUAAAUCAAGUAACCAUGAAGAAGCGAUUAAUCAUUGUCAUACAUCAUUAUCAUCGUCGUCAUCAUUACCGUUAUCUAAAAUACAUCCGUAUAGAGAAUUAUCUGUUCACAAAGUACCGACAACUUUAUCAUGUAUAUCAUCAAAUCCCAGAGCUCAAUAUUCACAAGAUGGUAGUAGUAGUAGUAGUAGUAUUAGAAGUAGAAUUAGUAGUAGUAGUAGUACUCGUAAUAAUAACAAUCUCUCUCUGAAUAAGUCUAAAAUACCUGGUCAUAAUUUGAAUAAUACUACUGUUGCAAAGUCGAGUAAUAAUAAUAAUAAUAUCACUGCACAAUCUUUUAAUAAGGGCGCUGGUACAAUACAUUUUUUAGAUCAUGGCUCCGACGAUGCACAACAACAUCAACAAGAAAUUUCGUGUCUGAAUGUGAAUCCAGCGAUAAUGAAUAAUACAAUUACACUUAAACAUAAUCAUGCAUCUACCGGAGCGUCUAUCACUUCUACUACGAGCACCACUGCUGUCUCUGUGAAUUGCAGUAGCAACAGUAAGAGUAGUAGUAUUAUCACUUAUAAUCAGAUAAAGCAAAUUCAAAUAACAAACAAAGUUAAUUGUGCAUCAUUCGGAGCAGACAUCACAAAAGCUGCAAAUCACAAUGAUUCAAAAUUAUCCUUAAAAUGUAGUAACAAUAAUAGUAAUAAUAAUAGUACGGAAGAUGUAUAUCAACAUUAUGAACCUCAUCGUAUUACAUCAACUUCCAACAAAAGUUCAUUACCGUUAAACAAAACAAAAUCUGGUUUACGAGCACCGUCAUCGAUCGUAUCUAAAUCAUUUGUUGCAAUGAACAACAAUAAUUAUUCAAUCAAUAAACAAGAUAUUGAUAUCAUUGAUGUACUUGAUGCUAAAGAUAUCAGUGAACUACUUCAACAAGGCGCCAAAACUGUUGUUUCAGAUCUAAUGAAAUCAUGUGAUGAUGUCAACGAGAAGGAACAUAAUUCUAAUAACAAAUUAGUAACUGAUAUCACUAUUACUACUGGUAGUAAUAAUAACAACUCUCAAUCAAUUAGUAAUGCUUCCAGUUUAGAGCUUUUACCAAAAUUCACCGACUUGGAACAGUCUAUUCCAUUCGAUACCGAUGACGAUGACGAUAAUAAUAAUAAUAAUAAUAAUAAUAAUAAUAAUAAUAAUAAUAAUAAUAAUAAUAAUACAAAGGCUAAUAAUAAUAAUAAUAAGUCCAAUAAAAUGAGUGUAACUAGAUUAGUGGAAUCGAGUAAUUGUUCACCAUCCUCUACAUGUGUUACUAAUCAAAUAUCAAAUAAAACAUCUACAUCUAAUAUGCAAUCAGUGAAGUAUUAUCAUCCACAUCAAUUGUCAAAUACUAAAUUAAAAAAUUCAAAAUUCACUAACCAUACUACUACUACUAAUAAUAAUAAUAAUAAUGUUUAUGGAUUAGAAAAAACUGUAGUGUCACCUAUUUCAAAUCAAUUUUCUUCAAAUCAAUCAACCAGUAUUAUGAAUAAUCAAAAUGACAAUGGUAACAAGAAAAACAAUCCAAAUAUUCGAAAUAAAAUUCAAUCUAACCUUGUGAAUCCUACAAGCUCCUCGAUCAGCACUGGUAAUACCGUUUACAAAUACAAGAAGAAUGUUAUUCAUCCUACUACAACAAUGAAUAAUAUGCAUAAAACUACAAUUAAUCCGUAUAAUAAAAAUACUGCUAAAAAUUCCACUAAACGUGUUAUCAAACAACGGCAACAACAUCAUCGUAUUGCAAUGACAGAACCACCGUCGGUACAAGGUCAUUCUUUAGCCAGUAGUCGUUCAGUAUCUGCUGCAAGUUCAAUAUCUAAUUUGAAGUCGGUCAACGCAUUUAAUAAUGAAUCUAAUAUUCAACCUCCACGUAGUAGUAAUAUUCCCAAAGCUACUAGUAUUCAACAAAUAUCUGUGGAGUCGGUCUAUGCAGCUCUUGUUAAACAGGAUAAGUCAUUAAUGAAUCAACACCCAUCAAAUCGCACAACUAAUACAACAACAAACAAUAAUACUCAUAAACUUGCCAGUAAAACUCCAAAUACUGGGCUAUAUUCAAAAAAUACAUCUAGUCAUCGGUCAUUGAAUACAGUUGGCCGUUCGAAUCAUCCUUCUGAACGUCUUACCUCAGUUGAAGAAGGAAUACCAUUAACAACAAAAUUGCAACAGUCUAAACAUAAUUAUUCACUUCAUGACUCUAAUGAUUGUAUGCCUAAUGCCUUGUCCUGUAAAAAUUCCACUGUUGCUUCAAACACUAAAACACUGUCAACAACAACAACGGAAUCGUUUGGAUCUGGUACAAUUUCAAAAAAUGACAAUAACACACAAGCAUCAGAUGUUCCUAAACCUAUUCGUGGUGGACGAAAAUCUUUAAUAGGCCGAAAAAUCAGUCCAUCAACUGCUAAUAUGAUGAAUAUGUCAAAUAAUGGAAUACCUGUUGCUGUGAAACCAAUAUCAGCUGUUAAACCAACACCACAUUCUCUGUUGAAUAAUAAUAAUGACAAUAAAUUUAAAAAAUCAGCCAUUGAAUCCUCAGUUGAAUCGGUUAUUAUUAAUAAUGAUAAAGUGAAAUCAUCAGAACAUAUUAAUGGUUAUGCAAAGUGUGAAUAUGAACAAAAUUACCGUAAUUACGAUAAACCUAUUCCAGGUAAUAAUGAUGAGAAUAUUAAUGAAAAGUUGGCGAAUACACCUCCUGGAAUGUGGAUCGUUCGUGAAGAUCUAGACGUAGUUAUUGGUGAUUUCCACUAGACGGUUCGUUCUAGAAAACAAACAAAAUCAACCUCACAAUUAAUUACUCUGUUAUCAAUUUUUAUCAAUAGUAAAAUACUCUACACACCGGUUACUACACAUUGUUUCUCUACUUUUCUCAUUUUAAAUUUAUGCUUUUAUAUACUACUUUAUUGUAUUUUAGUAGUUUAAAAUAUUUGACUGCAUUUUUCACUCAUCAGAUUAAUGCUAAUAUUGCAAGAGUAGUUGAAAUAAUAUAUCAUUCUUUAUCUACUAUACUACUGACUAUUUAUUAUUUUUAAUUACUAUCAUCACUAUUAAUUUCUCUUUCAAAGUUAUCUAACAUCCACUGGCUUAAUGCAAAUUAAAACAAACAAAAAUUCCAAUUUAUCUAUUUAUCAUUCUAAACGAGCAGGGUAUACUUCUGCAGUACCAUUUAAGAGGAAUCUAUACUUAAACGAGAAUUCCUGUAACAUUUUAAAUACGCUUUGUUUAUAUAUUACAGGCUUCUUAAAUUAGUUUCUUUCAUCUUUCCCUCAGCUCCUUUACUCUCCAAUAUUUAUGCUACUUGUAAGUAGUAUAUAUAUAUACAACAUAUUGAUGAGUCCAUAAUCGUUUUGUACAUAACGUCAAAAUUGUCUUACACAUCCAUGUGCUUUUGUUUGUAGGUAGUCAAUUUUGUUUGAUACUAUCAUAUUACAAAUAACCAAUUAAUUAAACCAAACCAGUAAGGAAUCAUACAUAUUUGCUUCAAUUGAAAUUAUAGCAUUUAUGUUAACUUUUAACCUUAAAUUUUUUUUAUCCUUCUUAAUUAUAUUAUUCGCUUAUGUUUAUUGUUGAUCCGACUCUUUUCUUUACUUGUCUAAUGUAAUCAUGUUAAAGUCUGAGAUGUGUUUCAUAGUGUGGAAAUGGUUGGAUGGGUUCUCUUAUUUCUAUUAUAUUUGAACACGUUUUCAACCUUUAUAUUAUUGUUGUCGUCGCAUACUGGUUGUUCUUCUGCUUUUUGCUGAUGUUCCAUUCUAAUAUAUUUCAUUUUUAUUCACAUAUUCUCUCUAACAAAAUAUGUCUUGGCAUUUCAUUUUGUAUAAUGCAAACUAUUUAAUA